UGUAGUAUAAGUGUAAAAGGGCAGAAGAGACUAAAGCAUGUAUUUAAUUUUUAGUAGGACGUGAAUAAUUUUAAUGAUUUCUAGUAAAGAGACUUUACACAAGCUCCAGACCAGAUACCAAAGAUUAUGAGCUGCUAAAAAUGACAACAACAACAGAUUCAGAAAGUGCUUUCUCAAAAUACUUAGGUGAAGAAGGUGAAGACAUCUCAAGUGAAGGUAAAAACAUGAAAGAAAAUCCUGAUGUGACUACUAGUCAUGAUGAAUGCCAGACCUUAAGACCCAACAGAUCAACGUACUUUGAACAGAAAAUUCACAUUCCAGAAGUAGAAAGUAGUACUUUUAGCUUUCGAAAGCUGUGGGCAUUCACAGGACCUGGUUUUUUAAUGAGUAUAGCUUAUCUAGACCCUGGCAAUAUAGAGUCUGAUCUUCAGUCUGGUACAAUUGCACAGUUUAAGUUGUUGUGGAUACUGAUGUGGGCAACAGUUUUGGGUUUGAUUAUGCAACGAUUAGCUGCUCGACUUGGAGUGGUGACAGGACUUCAUUUGGCAGAACUUUGUCAGCGAAUUUAUCCAAAAAUUCCUCGCCUGGUUUUGUGGAUUAUGAUAGAAAUUGCCAUAAUUGGAUCUGACAUGCAAGAAGUUAUAGGAACAGCCAUUGCAUUCUAUUUACUGUCUAAUAAGAUAAUUCCACUAUAUGGAGGUGUUCUUAUCACAGUUGCUGACACUUUUACAUUCUUGUUUCUCGAUAAAUAUGGUCUUCGAAAAUUGGAAGCUUUUUUUGGUUUUCUUAUCUCUGUUAUGGCUGUUACUUUUGGAUAUGAGUAUAUAAGAGUUGGUCCAACACAGUCAGAGGUUGUUAAAGGACUUUUCUACCCUUGGUGUUCUCACUGUGAUUCGAAAGCCUUACUGCAGGCUGUAGGAAUUGUAGGGGCUGUCAUUAUGCCUCAUAAUUUAUACCUCCAUUCUGCUUUAGUCAAAUCUCGAGAAGUAGACAGAUCCAAGAAAGAUGAUGUCAAAGAAGCAAAUAAAUACUUUUUCAUCGAGUCUGCCAUCGCACUCUUGGUUUCACUUAUAAUCAACAUUUUUGUAGUUUCUGUAUUUGCUGAAGGCUUGUAUGAUAGGACCAAUGCUGAUGUGCAUGAACUUUGCCUUACCAAUAACCAACUUCAUGCCAAUGAUUUUCCUAAUAAUACAGAGAAGGUUGAAGCUGAUAUCUAUAAAGGAGGUGUGUUUUUAGGUUGUCAGUUUGGAGUUGCUGCUAUGUAUAUUUGGGCAGUUGGUAUUUUAGCAGCUGGACAGAGCUCUACUAUGACUGGUACAUAUGCUGGCCAGUUUGUUAUGGAAGGUUUUCUUGAUCUUCACUGGACCCGGUGGAAGCGAGUUCUACUAACUCGAACAAUAGCCAUAUGCCCCACACUGUUUGUUGCUAUCGUUAGUAACAUUGAUGACUUGACUGGCAUGAAUGAUCUACUGAAUGCUCUCAUGAGUCUGCAGCUUCCAUUUGCCCUUCUUCCAACAUUGACAUUUUCCUCAUCUGUUGCCAUUAUGGGAGAUUUUUGUAAUGGAUUGGUGAACAAGGUUGUUGCAAGUCUUCUAUCCAUUGUAGUUGUUGCUAUUAACCUUUACUUUGUCUUCAACUUCACUCAAAGUAAUCUGCCACAUCAUUGGGCAGUAUAUCUUGGAAUAGGAAUUUUUAUGUUCUUCUAUGUUCUAUUUGUGCUGUACCUGGUUGGAAUCUUCUUGGUCGCUUUAGGAUGCAAGCAAUUAAUUACUCUUCCUUUCAUUGGCAAGUACCUGACAGAAUUAUAUACACUGGAACCGCAACUAUCUGAUACUCCAGCAUUCGAUAUUUAAUUUGUAAAGUUUUUUUAGCAAUCUUUUCUGCAUGCAAAGAAUAUGGUUUUAGUUGAAAUGGCUAGUUUGUGAAACAUUUCUUAUUUAUCACACAUAAAAUAUGUUCUGCAAUUAGAAAGUUUUCCUUCAAAAUGUAUUCAUGUUUAUCUUUUUACUGGUAGUUUCUUAAUGCAUUUUAACAUAUCCUUUUUCAAACCAUGUUCUGUUAAUUUGCUAGUUAAAAGGUUAUUUAUUUUUGCUUGAAAUGUCAUUUUGAUUAAAAUUUAACAAAUGUAGAAUAACAUAUCUGAAGGGGGGGGGGGUUGGCUUAAUGAAACACUACUUGGCGAUAGACUGCAUCCAAAUCAAGCAGGAAACACUCUUUGCCUAAGAGAAGUGGCAGAACAAAAGAAAUUGUUGAAAUAAUCUUUUUACGUGGUGCUAAAGUGUUGCUAAGGUAGGUUACAGUGCACACAAGAUAAUAUCUGUUCAUCAUGCAGAGAGGAGGCGACUAUCUAUCUAAAAUACAUUUUCAGGUAAGAAAAACCUUAACUUUAAAUUGUUGAUUAAUUGUGAGGUGAUUAAGAAGGCUCAGAUUAAGUGGGAAGGAUUAGUUACUUACAAAUUAGGGUUAGUGAUAUAAAAUUUUUGUAUGUUACUUUUUGUCCAGUAUGUUUUCGAUAAUUGUAAAUGUAUUUACCUAUUUCACUUAAACCUUAAAGUAUAAAAAAAAUUAUGUUUAGAAUGAAAUGCAAAGGCACCGAUGUUUCUGAUAAAGAAAAUUGUGUACACUGUGUCGUGUUUGUUUGCCUUUCAUUGUUAGAUUUGGAAAGUUUUUAUGAUCAUUAUCUUGUAAAAAAUAUGCUUUCAUGAACUUUAAAACUGAUUAAUCAGUUUCUUUUAUAAAGUAAUUUUUACAUUGUGAUUGUUAUUUUAGUACAAUUUUACAUUAUUGUUUUCAGGAAAACAGACCAUGUAGUUUAGUUAUUUUGAGCAUCUUGUAAGGUGGUGAAUUUUUUUUUUUUUUGUCAUAUGUAAAAUGAAAACCAAGUAGGUUAAUAAUUAGAAAAUCAUUGUUAGCAAAUGUUGAUAAACAAUCCCAGUAAUUAAUUUUUUGGGGGUUAAAAUACAUCAAAAAUAACUCACUCAUUAAAUGGAUGUUUGUUUCACUAAAUUACACAUUAACAUAUUUUUAUUAAUUUGCUUUGUUUUUAAUUUACUUCAAAUUAACUCUGUAAGAUUUAUGUAGAACAGGAAUAUUUGUAGCACACUCAUUUGCUAAUAUGUAUAUAGAACAGCUGUAUAUGUAGCACUUGUUUACUAUGCAGCACUUGUUCACUGGGAUCUAUGUACAAUAACUGCCUAUGUAGCACUUGUUUACUGGGAUCUAUGUAGAAUGACUGCCUAUGCAGCACUUGUUCAGUGGGAUGUAUGUAGAAUAACUGCCUAUGCAGCACUUGUUCACUGGGAUGUAUGUAGUACAACUGCCUAUGCAGCACUUGUUCAUUAGAAUGUAGAACACCUGUUACACAGCACUAGUUCAUUAGAAUGUAGAAC